CGGCUAAUAUUACGACGUGACUCACGCGACUUGCACGUAUAUACGUACGCACGCUCGCUCGAAGUGCGACGGCCGUUACCGUUCACGUAUAUUCGGCGAGCUUUAUCAACGCUCCGCGUCUCUCGCGAUCUUGGUCGAGCGAGCGCGAGCGGAGCGACGCGCACGAAUCUCUUUCCUCGAUUCCGUCGUCACGCCGGAUCUUCUCCAGGUGGAAUUGCGAGACCGACCGAUUGCGUGAUACGUGAAUUUAAUUGUCGGCCCUAACCUCGCAUAAUCGCGAUAACUUGUUCGCGCGAUCUCUUUCUCUCCCCCCCCCUCUCUCUCUGUCUCAGGCGUAUAGCAGAGAGAGAGAGAGAGAGAAAGAGAGAUGUCAGUUUAACGACGAAAAAAAAUUCAGUUACGUUGUUCCCUCGACCGCCCUCGACCUCGGUAUUCGGCUUCGAGAUUUCCGUCUAACCCGUUUGAUAACGAGCGAGCGUUCUUGUCGCUCGUGUGAACAGAGGGAUGCCACGUAGCAAGCGAAGAGGACCUUCCAGCACAAACCACAAUCAUACUCCCAUUGAUAUGUCAGUAUCUGGUGCACAUGAAGAAAGUUUACCUAGGCAUCCUUCAAAACGGUUAAGACAUACCUCUAGUGCCAGACGAUAUGCAAAAUCUGACGAUAUAUCCAAUGCGUCAACAUUUUCCCAAAAACGUUGCAUCACCUGGUUCAGGGAAUACACCUCGCCAGAUGAUGCGGACACUCUUGGACCCGAAGGAAUGGAAAAGUUUUGUGAGGAUAUCGGUGUAGAACCUGAAAAUGUAGUGAUGCUCGUACUCGCAUACAGGAUGAACGCCCGUCAAAUGGGCUUCUUCACACUGAGCGAAUGGCUUAAAGGAUUCUCGGAGCUGCAGUGCGAUUCGAUUAGUAAAAUACAACAGAAGCUCGAGUACCUAAGGAAUCAAUUAAAUGACGCAUAUACAUUUAAGGGAAUCUACAGAUAUGCUUACGAUUUCGCUAGAGACAAAGAUCAGCGUAGUAUGGAUAUGGAAACGGCAAGAGUAAUGUUACAACUGCUUUUGGGAAAACAUUGGCCAUUGUUUACGCAGUUUGCUCAGUUCCUAGAUCAAUCAAAGUACAAAGUGAUCAAUAAAGAUCAAUGGUGCAACAUAUUAGAAUUUUCACGUACAAUCAAUCAUGACUUAUCUAAUUAUGAUUUAGACGGAGCGUGGCCAGUAAUGCUUGACGAAUUUGUUGAGUGGUUAAAAAUUCAACGAGGUGAGGGAUCGUCCUCAGCAGAAGCUAGAGGCAGCUGAAACAUCAUAAGAAUAGUCCAUUGAACUAAGAACAAUUCGUUUCUUUUUAUCAUAAUAUUCUGUAAUUAACGAAAUUUCUCUGUUUAUAAAUAUCAUAAUCUCGCAAUAUUUCAAUUACCAUCAUUCAUACUAUUUUUUUUAUAUGAUUAAAUGAUAGUGAUGUAUUGUAAGUAGCUUAUCUUAAUAUAAUUCACAGUAUCUUCCUAUAUAGAUCUGGCUGAAAAUUUUCAUUUGAUUCAUUGUUUUACUUAUCGUCACUUGCAAUUAAUCCAGGGUUCGCCGCGGAAACUCUUGUGAUUAGAAAUAAAACUAUUUUGAUAUAAUAUUUACUUGUGCAAUUUAUAAAAAUAAUUUGGGAUAUCAAAUUCGUGGAUAAGUGAGUUGAACUAAUAAUACAUUUUUCAAAUUGAAUAAAACGAUAAUUGCUAUUGACUUCCAGUGAUCGUAGACUGUACGUUUGUGUAAUUGCAGAUCAAACGGUCUCACUGCGUAUAUCUUGAUACGUUGUUAGAUACGUUAUCUGAAUAAAUUGAUCAAGAGUCAUGUAUAACUUUCACAUUCCACAUCACUGAGUUAAUAUCGAGAAAGUGCAUCUGUGAACUUGGGAUUUCCACAAUUCACAACUUUCGAGACAAAUUUUGUUGAUACUUACCGUGUUAUCCCUUACUUCGUCCAUCGUAAAUCUUAUUGUAACGGCUUUUUUUUUACAAAAUUUAGGUAUGUAUAAUAUUGUCAAUGCGAGACAUAAAAAAAUUACGCGAAUAUCACUAAGUAGACUCAUUGGUGAGGUGAAACACUAUGCAGGUGCUACUACAACGUUUAAUACUCUAAAGGCAGUACCAUAAAGUGUCAAUAUCAUGCGCUAUUUAGUCAAAAUUAAGUAAUUCCUGUAAAUGCUAAAAUUAUGGAUGUAUAUUAGAAUAACGAACUCUCUUAUUAAAACAAUAUUUAUUAAGUAUAUCUAUUUCCCGAUAUCUUUCAAAUUUAUUGAUAUCACAGACUAUGCUUUAUUAAUAAGGACGCAAAAUUCACUGUCAAAAGACCUGUUUCAUAUUUAUUUAUAGAAGCCUCCCUAUUAAUACGUCUUUGAUAUCAUUGUCUCGUUCAGUAAUCUUAACAAUCUGUGUGUUGAAAUCAAUCGUUAUCUUAUAAUUUCUAUGAUUGUUUCUCGCAUCUCGAAUUUUGAACAUCGAGAUGUAAUACCUUAGAACAUCGCCAAGAAUUUUUGCGAAGUUUUUGAAACUCAUGUGUAUAUGGUAUAAUUAUAUAAGACAACUAUAUGUAAAAUAUAUUAAUUUGAUAAAGUGCUAACCAUUUUUAUUCAAUAAAUUUACAAAACUUUUAAACUUAUACGUCACCGAAGUCGUUCCGUUAAUAAAUAAAAAAAAAAAAAACGUAACGAACUCGACAAUAUCAAUCUGUAGAUUUCUUCAAUUAUUAAAGUGAAUACCUGCAUA